AUGGACGAUCUGAGCAAGGUUCUUGGUGCCAGCCUGUCGGUGUCGAAAAGCACCUCGACGGCUGGUUUUGUUGUUUUGCUGAUUACUGUAAUUGCUUUCGUUUUCAAGCGCCUCGUUCUGCAUCCGUUGAGCUCCCAUCCAGGCCCACUGAUUGGACGUUUGACGAGUCUUUACAAUACGUAUCAUGCUCUGAAGAAGGACCAAGCUCGCAACUUGCAUCAACUGCAUGAGAAAUAUGGCCCAAUUGUUCGCUAUGGACCCAACCAUGUCAGCAUCAGAUCUGCCGAGGGGGUGAAAAUGCUGUACACCAACAGUCGCUACACUCGAAAAGCGGACAACUAUCUGGCGUUUCCCAGAAAUCCAGAGAAAGCCAGUCUGUUCUCUUCCAUCAACAAGCAAGUACAUGCAAGGAAGCGGCGGAUUCUUCGACAGGGCUUCUCAGACUCGGCGCUCAAAACCGCAGGUGUCACCAUCAAGAAACAUGUUGCGACUCUUUGCCAGUGUUUAGAGUUCCUGGACAACGAUACCCAAGAAGGGUAUGUAUUGUCAGGAAGGGAGCCUUCGAACUCAGAGCGGUGGAGCAAACCGAAAAACUUCUCGGAAUGGAUAAACCGCUUCACAUUCGACGUCUCGAGUGACUUGUCAUUCUCCAAAUCUUUCGACAUGAUGCGGUACGCUGGAAACAGGCACAUCAUCAAGAUUCUCCACGAGACAUUGUGGGCAGACAACGUCACUGGGUCUUCACUUACGCUCCUUCACACCCUGAGGCUCAAGUGGCUGCUGUUCUCUCACCACGUUCGGUCUACGGUGACAUUCGAUUCUUUCAUUGAGAAGGCGGCGGAUGAAAGAGUGAGCAAACUAAGUGAUUCCAAAAAGGACUUCAUGUUCUGGCUCACCGGUGCGGUCGAUCCCGUUACGGGGGAUACGUUCACGAUGGAAGAGCUAGUCGAGGAGGCAAUUCUGUUGAUCACAGCAGGGAGCGACACAUCCUCAACUGCUAUCAGCUCCACGAUUUACUACUUGCUGCAUAGCCCCGACAAGCUCGCAAGACUCCAGACGGAAGUUCGGAGUGUGUUUUCCAGUGUUGAUCGAAUUGAGUUUGGCACGGAAUUACAGGCCUGCACUUACCUUCGGGCCUGCAUCAAUGAGGGCUUGAGACUGUCUCCCCCGGCGGGCUCAGUGCUUCACCGUCAAGUGGAACCGGGCGGUGUACAUGUUGGGAACACCUUCUACCCCGAGGGUGUCAACAUCGGAGUGCCGGUCUUCUCCAUUCAUCACGAUAAGGAAUAUUUCCCCGACCCUUUCUUGUUCCAGCCGGAAAGGUGGAUCGUUGGUGAGACACUUGCAGACGGCACCAUCAUCACCCCUGAUUUUCUGAAGCAUUCUUCCGCCGCUUUCAUGGCAUUCAGUGCCGGAACCCGCGGUUGCAUCGGAAAGCCUCUCGCCUACCUCCAGAUCUCAAUCCUCUUUGCAACUCUGAUGUUCAAGUAUGACAUGAGACUGUGCCAGCAAUCAUGGGUCAACGGAACCUGCAGCGGCCCAGGACCGGAUCCGUCCAAGGAAUACGAGCUGGUGGACAUGUUUAUCAAGUGGGAUGUGUAUGACAGCAAACGGAACAAUGUUGCUGGUCACGUAGAGUCUGUCUACGACGCAGCCACUGGCAAAUGGACAACCCCGACGUUUGUUGAGAGCCCUUUUCUUUCAAUACACGGCUUGGCUCCGGGGCUGCACUAUGGUCAGCAAGUCUUUGAAGGACUACAAGCUCGUAGGGACCCAGCAGGCGAGAUCUCUAUAUUUCGUCCCGAUGCCAACGCCGCUAGAAUGAGAAGGUCCGCUGCCUUUGUCUCCAUGCCAGAGGUACCAGAGGACGUCUUUCUUGAAGCCAUUCACCUAGCCGUUAGGAAGAAUGCAGAGUAUGUUUGCCCCCAUGAUGUGAAGGGAUCCCUGUACAUCCGACCUUUCCAAUUUGGUUCCAGCGCUCAGAUUGGUCUGGACCCCCCCGAGGAGUUUCUGUUCUGUGUGUUUGUUCAGCCUCACAUUGCUUUUCAUGGUCACGGCGCCAUCAAGGCUUUGGUACUUGAUGACUUUGACCGCGCUGCCACAAGGGGGUCAGGUACAGUGAAAGUUGGUGGCAACUACGCUCCAGUGAUGAGGUGGACUUCUGAGGCAAGAAAGGAGGGUUACAACGUCCUCUUGCAUUUAGACAGUCAGACUCAGACUGAAAUCGAUGAGUUCUCUACGUCGGGGUUCAUAGGUAUUCGGAGAAAUGGAGGCGAGACCAGCCUCGUCAUUGCCGACAGCAAAGCUGCGAUAGAGAGCAUUACAGCGGAUUCAGCAGCCAGAGUUGCUGAAAGCCUCGGCUGGAGGGUGGAAAAGAGAACCGUAAGGUUUGAUGAGCUUUCAAACUUCACGGAGGUACUUGCCGCGGGAACCGCGGCUGGCUUAUGA